AUGUCAGAGAAUUCCGAAACUUUGGAGACAUCUUCUUCUUGGAAAAAACAAAAGGACUGGAAAAACCGCUAUGCAAAACUAUACGGCAAUAAAUAUCGUCCAGUAGCAAUUCAGGAAGACGAUGCGGAUGAAAGCUGGCGUCGGAUUUCAUUUAUGACCAACGAAAACACCCCUUAUACAGCACUCCUUAUGAGAGUCCGUGCUAACCGCAGAGACACAUCCUCUUCGAUAUCACCCAGCCCCAAAUUCCUGACCUCCAUACUCUCACAACAGAGUGACCUCUAUGGCAGCUACACUGGUACUGGCAGCAUGUUAUCACAGAAUCAAUCACAAAAAUCAUUCGAUACGUACAAUAGACUAUCUAGUUCAUAUAGAAGCAGGGUGUCCGAUGAUUUGGGCGGACACGACACGUUAUUACUGGACAUGGUGCGUGCCCGCAGUAGAGAACUGCAAGAGGAAGCGUUAGAUCAACCGCUCGAUCUGAAAAACGAUGACAACCUCUCUGAUGAUGUUCCCCGUCCAGUAGUUGCUACUAUAGAUCGUGAGGCUGGUGUCAAACAUAGUGGGCUGCGCAGUUCUAGCGCCACUUGGCAACUAACUCGAGCACGACGCUUCCGAAUUCCCAAGCCCUCGCUACCCCCGCCAGAAGCCAGCGCGCCUCCAGCUGUAACAGCACCUCUUGCUCAAAGAGAUCUUGAUUUGCGCGUAAGUCGUUUCCUCAUGGAUAUGGGGAUGUCAAACUAG